AGGCGUGUUACUGAACACAGGAGUACCUUGCACUUUAAACUUGUGUAACACACAAGAGAUCAGGAUCUCGUCAACAUGGCUGAAGAUCUAGUCCUCCUUGCACUAGUUUCCGUUCUUUCUGCCUGUCAAAAUGGAUAUUAUGCCAGGCUUGUGGGCCGAUCUAGAAUGAAACACAAAAUUAAUCCACCAGUGGUCACUGGACCUCCUGAAUUUGAGAGAACAUUCCGUGCCCAGCAGAACUGUGUAGAGUUCUAUCCAAUAUUCUUGGUUGUUCUUUGGAAUGCUGGCCUAUUUUUAAAUCAAGAGGUUGCUGCAGCUUGUGGACUACUCUAUAUGUAUGCACGACACAUGUACUUUAAAGGUUAUGUGGAGUCCACAUUAGGCAGGAUCCCCGGAUUUUACCUGAGUUUGCUUUCAAUAUUCUUGCUACUUGUUCUGGCUGCGGCUGGAAUAUCACACUCUCUUUUAAAGAAAUAUUUGGACUUGAAUCUCGCAAAACAAAUAAGUCAUAUGUUUUAAUGUUGAUCCAGGAAUAACAGGCAGCUUUGGGGGGGGCACAGGUUAGCAGGGCCAGGUUUUGGUAAGGGUGUUGGACGUGGAAUGUCCAUUACUAACUAUAUAAAUGUGUAAUUUACACAAUCUAUUACACAAUCUAUUAUCAGUUUUAGCCAUUCUAAAGGUGAGCUGAUUUCCUACAGAUUUCACCCUUCAUUCUGGGUCCUGGUGAUUAACCGAUACAGUUAUUUAGAGGCGAAGCGUUAAUAAAGGCUGGAUUUGUUAUUUAGGUUGCAAGUGUUUGCUUAGCAUCAACCGUUUUUCUCAUUUAUUGCUACAUCGUGUGAUUCAUUUAAUCUACAAUUAAAUAUAAGUUGCACUC